CUUUCCCUGCAGUAAUACAGUAAGGAUGUUUGUGAAGCGCGAACCAUGAGUGCUGCGAUUUCCACAGAGUUUCCACAAGUUACGCUUGACAAUUUUGAGAACUUCCUGACCUCUGAUGAUCUGUUUGUUCAUGUGUUCAACACAUUUUUAAGUCUGCCGUCUUUCCCACAGGCUUUGCUGUAUAAUCAAGAGACUGAGCAGUUUGAGGUGGCGAGCAGAGCAGCUGAAAUCACAUGCAACACAAUCAGAACAGCAUUUGAACACAGCAAAUCACAACUCAUCACUAAUGGCCUCACUAAAAAAACAAACCCCCCUGCAGUGGACAACCAUUACACUGUCUCCUGCCUGGACAGAGAACAGGGGAUACAGUGGAUCAGGAAGGAGAGAUUGCCAUAUUUCCUUCAAAGUAGUUGCUACCAUGAGUACAGAAUAUCCAAAGUGUUGUUUCAGAGGGAACAUGAUCUUAAUAUCCCCAGGAGAACAUGUAGCUCUUGUCUAUCCACCCGAUCGCCCACACGCUGUGACAAAGGAAAGAACAAUGUCUUAAAUCCGCAUAGAGGAUUGUGGGCUCACAAGGACAUUACCGCUGUUAAAGGUUGUGUGGGAAUACAUCAUCCAGUGUCCUCAGACCGGAGCAGAAAAAUGCACACAAAUUGCAGUGAAUCAUCCAGAUGUUCCUCCAACUUUUCCAAACGCUCUUUCUGCUUCUCUUCGUCCUCCACCUCAAACCUGAAAUGUGCUUGCAUUGACACCCCAGAGACAUCAGCUCCAUCUGGAGACAAGCAACUUCAAGAAGAGGUUUCUGAACUACAUGUGGACCACCUGGCUGAAGAAGUGGUUAAACGUGUGAUUGAAGAUGCUCUAUCCAUGUUGACUGCACAGAGCCAAGCAAACGCAACUCACCUUACGCAUAAUACCAACACAGAUAGAUGCUGCAAGUGCAAAGCCUGGUCAGGUGCUUUUGACGAGAAGCAGGAAGAACACUUUCAAGAAUUCCAAAGAUCGAGUGGAUGGAAAGUACAGCGAGAAUGUGAAAAAACAUUGUCUGAGGGGCGUUGGAGCAGGGGAUUGGAAACUGACCUGGAUAUUUGCUGCUAUGGUACCUGCUGCCAAGGCAACAAACCAGGCAUUGAUGGCUUGAAGGAGUUUUUGCGAGGCACACCAGGAGGCAAGUUGUUAAAUCUGUGGUUGGACAUUGAGAGACUGAAAACUAUACAAAACGGAGAGCGCAAGAACAGCUUUUUGGAUGUAAUGAGGAGUCGCUACCUACGAAGCGGCAGUCAGAACUGUCUGAACAGGGAGCUGCUCGCCACACUGUGGCUGACGACCUCUCUCUGCUGGACAGAAGAGAGACUGUGUGCAAUACAGUCCAACCUCACAGAGUCACUCAUCUCCUACUGGUUUCCUCGCUACUGGACAUCUCCGUAUGUUCAAAAAGACGUGGAGCUGUGGCGAGAGUGGUGUGUCAGCCCUUCGUAUGCCUUAAUGACCCCAGUUCCACUCUCAACUACAAGCGGGCUGGGUGGAUCCCUACAUGCUGUUCACAUGCAGCAGCCUAACUCUGGCAGAUGUCAAUCACUAGACUGCACAAUAAUGGAAAAGAUGCUGCAUGCACUUUUUGUCGACCCUCAUGCUGGCUCAUACUUCACCCACUUCUGUGAGCAGUCUGGAAACCAGCGGUGGGAAAAUGCAGUUUACUUUUGGAUUGACCUCCAGCACUAUCAUGAGCUCUUCUACCAGGAUGGAUUGGAUCCCUACAGAGUGCAGAGAGUGGCUCAGCUUCUGUACUCCAAAUAUCUCUUCAGCUCUGCCAGGAGGAGCAUUGGUGUCACGGAGGAGGUCAGGACGGAGGUGUAUGACAAGCUCAUGCCUGCUUUUGAAGAGCUCUUUGAUCAAGUUGAGGAGCACACCUUAAACAUCCUCAUGGAGGCUUGGACUGUGCUGGUCGACACGGACAAAGACUCCUUCCUGCAGGUGCGCGUGCGUAAAGUGGAGCGCUGUGUGGACAGCUGGGAAUACAGGGAGCUUCAGAGCCUGUCCACAGAAUCUAAACCGCAAAUGCAACAGGUAGAGCAGGACGUGACAGCUCCAUAUAAUACUUCAUCCGAGCUGUUCUCUCAGGGCAAAGGGGCCCUCAACUCUUGGUCCAAUGUGCCUCGACAGUACCAAGGAUACCGUUUAGGCUCCUUGCUUCGCCACCGUCAUGAGAUCUGGCACUUUAUGUCCUUCCUUCAGAAUAAAGACGCCAGCAUCCACUUGGAAUGCUGGCUGGACCUGGAGCAGUACAGGAGGACACCUCCGAGGAACAAAGCAGCGAAAGAGGACCGAUCUUCACGCAUUGCAAACAGAUAUCUCAACAGGAAGUACUUUUUCAGCAUCCACAGUCCUGCCACAGCAGAGCAGCAAAGUAAUAUAUUGCACCUGGCAGGUGGACGGGAGCGUCUGAAACUUGAUUGUCUGUCAAAUGAAGCUACUGUGACGAUCCAGGAUAUCAUCAGGAGUCACAUUGAGAAAACAUGGCUGCCUGAGUUUCUGGCCACCGCAGAGUUCAUAGAACGACAGAAACACAAACCAAAGCCCAGCUAUCAAGGACACAAGACAAGAAAAGAAGGCUGGAAGAGUCAGGGCUUGUGGAUGAGUUCCUCCAAGGAGAUUCUUCUAUUUCGACAGCUUCUCCUCAGCCCUGCCUCCUGUUUGCAGUUCCAACACUUUGUGUCUGUGAAGGGUGACUUCCUGGAGAAUGACGUGCUCUUUUGGCAAGAGGUGCAGAGGUACAAGGACCUGUGUCAUUCUCACAGCACAGAGGCCACAAUUCAACAAAAAAUCUCCACCAUCAUCAACUGUUUCAUUAACUCGUCUACACCUCCAGCCCUGCAAAUAGACAUCCCUCUGGAGCAGGCGCAGCACAUUUUGGAUAAACGCCAUGAGCUGGGCCCCUACAUCUUCAGAGAGGCACAGAUGUCAGUGUUCUCUGAGCUGCUCAGGUUUUGGCCUGAGUUCCAAGAGCUAAGGAGGAGCGUACAAGCAGGUCAUCUCCAGGUGAUGCUGCAGGACAAACGAGCCAAACAUAAAGCCAGAGUACGGAGACAGAGGAGGAAGGAGGAGGAAGAGGAGGAGAGGAGAGCCCAGGCUGAGCUAAAACAGAAAGAUUCCAGUUCUAGUGAGAGUGAAGACAUGGACAAUCAGAGAGAUCGGGGAGGAGGAAGUGAAAAGCAACUGUCAACGACACAGAGAAACAUGCCGUUGUAUUCCACAGAACCAUUAUCGUGGUCCUACUCCAAAUACAUGGCGGUUCUGAAGAGAGAGGAGACACUGCUAAGGAGGCAGAGUCAGAAGGAAGCUUCUUUCUCCACAUACUCAGUGUCCUCUGAUGGCAGCGUGAGGUCAAGAGGAAGUAAGCAAAGUCGCCAACAUCCCUCACGGAACUCCUCCAGCUGGGAUGACUCCAGCUCACCUUUGUCCCGAAUGAGGACAAGCGGUAUAGAAAUGAUGAAUGGACAUGCAAGGACUGUACAACUUCAAUAAUGUACUUUUUUUUUUUUUUUUUUAUUAAAAAGUGUUCUCUAAAUAUAUUAGAAUUUUAAAGCUAUAGUACUGAAACCUUACAGAUUCCAGAGGUACCACAACAGUAGCAAAGGCAAAAACAACAUGAAGGAUUGGCCUCAAUGCACAGUGACAAAGAAAAGAAAAGCCUUACUGUAAUGUUACAUCAUCUAGAAUUUUUUUGCUUGGCAGCUGGAGUUUGUGCAAACAUUAUAUAUAUACAGUAUAUAUAUAUAUACUGUUACUAUAUUAUGGACAAUAGUUUCUUCACAAGUUAUAAAUAGAAACUGUUUAUUUGUGCUGUGCUUUACAAAAUAUAAAUUCUUUAAAGGCAGUUUUCAGCAGACAUGGAUGACUAGAAAUGGUUUCUUGGUGGUGUGGUUUGCAUUAAUACGUAAGGUAAAAGGUACAUCCGAUGAAUCUGAGAUG